AUGGAAAUAAGUUUGGAAAAUGAUUUUCCAGAAAAUGAGGGUCUCCUCUCACAGGAACAAAGACCCUAUUUCUACAGAAAAAUGAGGAGAGUGGUAGUUAUGGUAAGGUUUGCGAAGAAUUUACCGGCCAGUGAAGGUGAAGAUGAAGAUAAAGAUGAAGAGACAGUAAGUUUCGGAGAAGGUUCGGGGUUUAUAAUAAGUAGAGAUGGUCAUAUUUUGACCUGUUCACAUGUUAUAGAGGAUUGUACGGACAUUGUGGUUGGUCGAACAGCUGAUGAACUUAAAGAAGCUGUAGUUUUUUACGAUGAUAAACUUUCCAAUGUUGCUAUCUUAAAAGUUAAGGACAUGGAUAUGCAAUAUGACUUCUGUAAGUUUGGGAGGGUAGAAAAUUUGCACAUAGGUAUGGAUGUCUUUACCAUCAUGCCAUGCCCGACUAAGCUUGAGUUCACUUUCACACAGGGAUUUGUGGGGUUUCCUAAUAGAAGCUAUAGAGAUGUAGUUACUGGAACAGAUUGUAGAAAAUGUGAUGACAAUUUGCCCCUGAUUCAAAUCCAUGGUUUAAACAAUCUUAGUGGCUCAUCUGGUAGCCCUAUAUUUGAUUCAAUGGGAAGGGUCAUUGGGAUGUUCAUCCUGUCUAAUCGAGGCAUAGAUUUUGCUGUCCAUAUACGGAAGCUAAGAGAGAUUUGUCAAAGUGUUAUACCAACCUCAGGCUCAGGCUCAGUCUCAGUCUCAGGCUCAUCCUCAUCCAACACAACGCAUGUUGAGAAGAAGAAAAGAAAAAGGAAGAAAGCAGGGCCUAGUCACUAG